AUGGCAAAUACCCUCAUCAACUCCGUUAGUUUCACCGUUCUCUUGGUUGUUCUCGUGAUGGCUUCAACAGGAGUCCUCAAGAGUGAUGCGGCCGACCUGGAAUGCUACAAUAAGAAUGCUCUUCAAUGCCCUCUCCUUGCUAACCGUGCAUUCCUCGGUGAGUGCGGGCCUGCGCCGUUCACUGAAGGUAAUUGUGAAUGCUGUAAAUGUUGCAUGCGGACAUACGGUAGUUGGCCUACGGGUACUUCAGUCUGUUGGGCGGUUGUUGAGGGAAGCGACAAUGACUGCCAUUGCUACAAAAAGAUUUCUCUCUCUCUAGCUCACGCUCACGAAACCUCCAACGACACAAUUUCAUUCUCUCUGUCUCUCUCUAUUGCUUCAAAGAUGGUAAAGCCUGAGCUUGAGUACUUGAAGGAGAAACGUAAUCUGCAAGAUUUGUGGAAGGCAGCAUUUCCGGUGGGAACUGAGUGGCACAAUUUAGAUGCAGUUUACCAAUACAAUUGGGAUUUCAAAAAUCUUGAAGAAGCACUAGAGGAAGGAGGAAUCCUCUAUGGGAAGAAAGUCUAUGUUUUUGGCAUUGCAGAACCUCAACACGUCCCCUCCAUAGACAAGUUUAUCCAUGUCCCAACAGUUGUUGCUAUUGAAUCACCCUUUCCGCCUUCUGAUAAGAUAGGAAUCAAAUUGGUUCAGAGAGAAGUGGAAGAUAUAGUUCCAAUGAAGCAGAUGAAAAUGGCUUGGGUCCCUUACGUCCCCUUUGAAAAAAGAGAUAGACAAGUUGAUAGGAUGAACUUUCAAGUUUUUACUUUGGCCUGUACGCAGAGGAGAGUUGCUUUAAGACAUUUGAAAGAAGAUCGUGUUAAGAUGUUCGAGUAUAGCAUUCCUUAUUUCUAUCAACCAUUUAGUGAAGAUGAAUUUGAACGGAAUACUGAGGAAUUUAUUGAUGAAAUGAUUGAAGAUGAAGAAUUACCUGCGGAACAAAGAAAUGAAUUCAAAGAAUUCGUCAAAGAGCAAGUCCGAGCAGCUAAGAAAGCUCGUGGAGAGGCAAAAGAUGCUCGAAUGGAGGCAAUAGAAGAAAUGAGCGAAGAAACUAAACAGGCUUUCCAAAACAUCAAGUUCUAUAAAUUCUACCCUCAGGCUUCACCAGAUGUCCCAAGAUUCCUUAAGACGGACAAGAUUAACCGAUACUACGGGAGUGCUCAUCAAGUCCUUUGA